AUGGAGGCGGCGCCGCCAGAACGUAGAGGAGCGGGGGGGGAGGUAGAGGAAGAGGAAGCGGAGGAGGAUGGGGAGAAGAAGCGGGGCGGAGGGUUUGGCCAAUGGAAGGAUCAAGCGGAGCUUCCGCCGGCUCUUCGCCCGUCAACGGACGUUAUCACGAGGGUCUUCUCGCAGCUUGACUGCGUCGAUCUCCUCCACUGUUCGCUCGUCUGCAAGUAAGUGCGGAAGAUAAAAGGAAAGCAAUUCUUCGUCGUCGUCAGCAUCAUCAUCAUCAUCGUAUUCUUCUUCAUUGUCAGUCUUGACAUCUUCGCUCUCAUUUUUGGCCCCCGUUUCAUCGCUUGACAGAGGAGCUAGAUGAUUCAGGCUAAAAUUUUGACUGCUACCCGUGGAUAUCUUUGGCCUUGUCAUCAUACUUUCUCUCUGUCGAAAUAUGGUUGACUUCGGGCGGGUAAAUAAUUUCGAGCGAAUGCGUUUCCCCCGAGCACAACCUUGCUGUAGUGAUAUCGGAGACAACAGUAUUUUCGCUCCCCCUGAAAUUCGUAUGACCCCCAACAACCUGUUGGCUUAAGACUGAAAUCAUCUUGGGAAUCUCCAUUAGUUUUUUCCUCUGUUUUAGCUCUCUCUGUGAUUGCAAUUCUGACGAUUCAAGUGAAAUCGUUGCGUCGUUUUGCCCUUUUCUGGUUCGUAGAUCCAGUAUCUCUGUUUACAGCCCCAUGACCAAGAACAUUGAUGUAACUGCUUUCCGAGGGCUAAAUACCCAAUCAGGUAAAUAUUCUAUGCACAUAACAUUCAUCUUUUCCGCUUGAUGCCUGAAAAAACUCUAUAUUUUCAUUGCUUUCCAGCUUUUCAGGAAACAAUCGGGUCAGAUUAGCUUCCUAAUCCAUCUUCCAAGGCAAAUUUGAUUGGUUAUUACUGUGUAUUCUGGUAAUUAGUAUGCCUGUGUCAAAUAAAUCCAAAUGUAUCCGGUAAAUAUAUCCCUUUGUCUGCUCUAAAGGUGUAGUUGCGUUGACCAAAUGACUUGCUCAUUGGCCAGUCAUGAUCCGGUCCACUUGCUGACUCUAUAGACUAGCACCUCAAACCGUUUGGUAUUCUGGGCAUCCUUAUUUCAUUGAGUUUCUGCGGAAUCUCUUUCUUGAAUUCCUUCACUGAUAGACAAGUAUGUAUCACUAACAUUCAUCUUUACCAGAAAUUCAGAUUUUCUGGUUUCAGCAUCACAUAGAUAAAGCUUUCCAAAUUGGGAAUUGUUUGCUGUGGAACUGCCAAGCAAACGACUGAGCUAGUACAUGCUUCAUGUCCAUGUCUCUUUCCGACAGCUUUGAUGGCUGAAUUUCACAUAAGAUGCAUUAUGUACAUUCCCCCUUUGCUUUGUCUGGACUGUUCUAGGCACGAAGUAUCAUGAAACAGAGUGCUUUGUGGAGAUCAUGAGAAUCUUGUUAGCUUCAUGAAUUGAAUAAAUCGUCUAGGGACUCAUACAUGGUUAUUCCAGAUUGUGUUCUCCUUUGUUUUUCCUAUUAGUUCCUCACAUUUUACUGCUUAUCGUGAUCUCAUAUUACUGUUUAUGUCUGUAGGACGCAUGGUUUCUGGAUGAAAUUUUCUGGCUGUUUUUCAUAUCUGAUUACAUGGUUUUGAUCAUUAAAUUUUAUUUUAAAUAUUUUAUCUGUGAUGAUUCUCUAGUCAGAAAGAAUAAUGUUUUUUCUUGAAGGCUGAUUACCUCUGUAAUGAUCCUCUUGCAGGCAGUGGUACAGAGACUCUGCGGAACUCAGGGAGGGGUGGAAGAACGAAUACUUAGAAGCGUUGAAGUUUUACGGUAUGGGCAUUAAAAGGGAGACCCAUCCGCCAUCCUCCACGUUCUAUAAGAGGUGCGCAUAG